UUACUACGCUACCACCCAAACCAUCCCACUCCCCGAAUCUCCGACUAACUCGUGCGUGUCACAAUCGGCAGAUUAUAUACAAGAUUACUACUCGUAGUGUCUUCGUCUGCAGCUCUGUUCACCACCCUCCAAACUCCAAAGGUCACAAAGGUCUCGUCUCCUCUGCUCUACCAGCCAUCAGCCGUGCAAUUCAGUUGGGCAGCCGUGCAAGAAAGCGCAGGGUGCCAGCCAUGGAGUUGGAGGGGAGGCCGGCGCUGAUGCUGAAGGAGUGGCUUGAGCUGGAGUUCACCGCGGAGCUCUCCCGCGACGGCUUCGGGUGCUACCCGCGCCACCUGGUCGCCGAGCUCCGUACCACACGGCGGAACGGCGACGUCAUCGCGAGGGUAUCCGCCGCGGUGAGGGCCGCGCUGUUCCGGCCGCCUGGAACUGGAAGGGAGGGGGAGGUCGCGCUCGCCGGGAAUUCUCCGAGGAGGCUGCGUAUGGGCUUCUGGAAGAAGCGGAGGGGCGAGGAGGCGGUGGACAGGAGGGCGCCCAGCUGUUCACCGUCGACUACCGCCGGUGGGAGGAGGGAUGGUUCGUCACCGGCGACGCUACCGCGACGACGGAACCCGGAGCGUGGCCAAAGCGUAGGUGCAGGUGCCGCCGGCCGCCGUAGCAACGAAACAAAGGUUGCGGGACUCGAGGCGACGCCCCACUUGGAGCAGGAGCAAGAGCGGAAGCAGCGUCUGAGCCCGGUCUCUGUGAUGGAUUUCCUCAGCCAGGAUGAAGACGACGACGGCAACGAGGAUGAGAACGGCGACGGCGACGGCGUGGAUGGAGACGACGAGACCGCGUCGCCGACGUUCCAGCAAAGCAUCGCCAACAUUCGAAGAGCGAGUCAAGAGUUGCUUCAAAAAAUCCGGCAGUUUGAGCAGCUAGGCGACCUAGACGUAUCCGACGUGGAUGAUGCUACCACGACCACGGAGGAUGUGAGCUACAACAUGUUAGAAACAGAUUCCAUAGAAGACGGUGACGAUGCUUCUGCACAGGGCAUACUAGACCUCCUAGAAGCAAGCUCCUCGGGGUCCAGCCACUGCUUUCAGAAGCUUCUGGUAGAUUUCUUUCGCGGCGAUAAAACCCCAAGAAAUCUAGGCCGAGGAAAGGUGUUGUUGGAGACCGCUCAAGCAUGGCUGGAUGGGCAAAAUUGUUCAUUAAGACCAAUUUGGACAGUGGUGAAGAUGGAGGUUGCGUCCAUCGAGCAGUGGAGAUGCCUCAGAGAAGACGAAAAGAAUCUACUAGCCGCAGAUCUAGAGAAUGAUAUCAUCUCGUCGUUGAUCGGAGAAUUGGCUGACGAGUUAUAUUGACUCCUCGCAAUGAGAAGAUGACUGCUGAAAACAGCUUUGGAAUAUCGAGAUAAUUGGAUCGGGCAACUUCGUCCCACAACUUCCAUUUGGUGUGUGUAUCAUCGAAACAGAAGCCCAUGUGAACUGUUGCAACCUUGCGGGAUCUCACAACAUAGUAUGUUGAUAUAAUGAUGCUACAAUAUUUGUCACGUGUGAGUGCUUGUACAUUUGUAAAUGGUCCACAAUCUAUAGGAUGUGAAUCUUUUGCUUGGGAUAGGGCAUGACAAGUUUGGCAAAACAUGUGUUCUUAUACGAUCUUAGAAAACCACAUGCAUUGCGACAAAGUUGUAAUAAACCAUAUUUUCUUGUAA